GCUGUUCCCUCGGCGGAUGUGGCAACAGUGGGCGUAGUAUUCCGGGAGGGCCUUGGCAGCUGGCACCCCCCACCCCUGCCUCCACACACACCGCGGCCGCCCUCCACACACGACACAGGCGCUCAGACAUGGCUGCCUCAUUUCUCAAGGGACUGCCGGUUUACAAUGAGAAGAAUUUUACCAAGUUUCAAGGGGACCCCACCGGACGAACCUCUUAUAAGAAACCGCCCGUCUACCUUCCAACCACGGACAGCCCCGACUCACAAGAAAUUGUAACAGAGAAGACAAACAUCCUCUUACGGUACCUUCACCAGCAGUGGGAAAAGAAGUGCCCCAAGAAGAAGCGUGAGACAGGCUCCGGCAGCAAUGAGGAGGAGGCCCCCAGGAGUAAGAGGCCCCGCUUAGAGCCCGGCCCCUCCACUGACUCGCCCUAGCCACGACCCCGAGCCUGACACAUAGCUUCUCGUUUUUUAAAAUGAUAGGAUGGAGCCGCCGUUGUUGGAUCACCGGGACGCCAACAGCUAAGCUUGUCAUAAUCAUUCCUGAAGUGGAAGUUUGAUAUUUAAAAACUUAACUUCAAGAUAAUAGUUUAUGUAUUUUACAAGAUAGGGAAUGGAAUUUUGUUUCCAUUAGUCUGGAAUAGACUUUUCAAGAAUGCUCGAUAAAAUGGGACAAAUGAGGUAGAUGAUGAAUGAUCUUUAGUGUUGAUCAGUUUAGGACAGGAGUGUUAUUUUCCUAUAUCAAUAAACUGAUUGAUAAAAUUGCAGUGAUAUAUAUUUUUCAAGAGCAACUGUGUCUUCCCUUCUGAAUGACUCUCUUGCUUGCUUGUGGCACCCUCAAUGCACCUCCUUAGCAGACCAGCUAAAGGUUUUCUAUGCAGUCAACAUCAACAUCUCAUUACAUCUGAAUGAGGAGAGCAUUUUGCUGUCAAGUACAUAUAUAUUUCUCUGCUUGCCAAUGCUUCAGUAACCAGAAUAAACACAUUUAAACCACUAGGCAUCCAUCUGAAGAACAAAUAAAAGGAUGAUGGGUGGUGUUACAGGGGACUAGAGCGAGGAGAUGGAUUAUAGUAUUAACAUGCAAGGAAGUGGCAGAGGGAUGGAGGUUGUGAGAGAAGGUGAGGGCAGUGCUGGUAAGGAACUCAGGAAUGUUGAUGACAAGAAGCAAACUUGGACUGUGUGAAAUAUUCCAAGAGGAGAUUCUUAGGCUUCAAGCAGGAGGCAAGUAGAGCAGAACCUCGAUAAUUCAGCAGACUCAGGGCAUUAGUCUAUGUUCAUUUAAAAAUAUUUCUCUACAUAAGCCAAAUUUUCAGUAAGAGACCAAAGGCUAUUUUUUGAGGAAUAGUUGUAACUGUAUGUGUAUUUAGUCUUUGAUCUUCGGUUGUUGCUGCUGACAGUAUACACUUUCUGCACAACUUUAAGGUUUGCUGUGCCUGUAAAUUGGCAAUAAUGACAAGCCUUUAGUUCAAAUUUGGUUGAUGCAGUGAGUUGAAGUCUAUAGAUCCUGAAAGCCACCAUUAUGUUUAAGUUUUUGUUUAUAAAUAACCUACAAUAACUUACUGUCUUUAUAAAUUUCUGUACAACUUUAAGCUUCUCGGUGCCUGCAACUUGGCAAAAUUAUGAGUCUUCAGUUCAAAUUUAGUUGAUGCAGUAAGUUGAAGUCUAGAAUCUUAAAGCCACUAUUAUUUUUAAGUUUUUGUUUAUAAAUAACCUACAAUAACUUAAUGAUUUAUUGAAAUGGACUGCUUUCCUCUACCUGAUGUGCAUGUCAGCAGUAACAAUCUCAAUGCUGUGUUUUGAAUAACUUGUUGAAACUGAAAUUUUUCCAAACCUUUCUUUCAUGUGAUGCUAUGACAAGCUUCUAUUGGUUUUGUAACAUUGGAGGAUGGGUCUGGUUGUCUUGAGCACAGUGCUAUUCAAAAGUGGUGUUCUAAAUUUUAUGUCUAAUGCAAGGGAUAGAGGAAAUGUGUGAACCUUGUUGUCCAAAGCAGGAGGUGAGUGAAUGUACCGACUUCUAAUUACAAAAGAAAGAAAUUUUGACUUGCA